AUGCGAGCUGUAACAUCAAAUAAUGCUUUAUUUCAAAAGUGGAGGGCCAGUCUAGGUGAAGAAUUCUAUAAAAACGCGCGAUAUUUUUCGAAACCAUCGAUAUGCCGAAGUCAUUUCAAAUCCGGAAGCUUUGGGAAAAUUUCAAAUAGUUCUAUUCCACUUCCACUGCCUUUCAGUAAUUUGGUUAGAGAACUUCCGCUUGAAUAUUCGACAUGUGAACUACGAAAAUCAUCAUCUCAACCAUCGAUUAACACUGGAGGAGAAUCGUGUAGCAAUAAUUUUAUGGAAGAAACAAUGUCCGAAGGAGAAGCUGAAAACGUCAGUUUCAAUUAGUAAUUUGAUGACUAGAUAUUAUUUAUUCAGAUUUUGCAAAAUGUCGGAAAAUAUCUAGAAGAGCAGGAUAAUACAGAGGAUUGUGGAGAUAAUGGAGAUGAAGAUUCUUCAGGUAUGGAAGCAGAUAUUUCUCUAAUUGAAGAUCAACUUGAUAUUGUGAAAGAUCCUAACUAUCAACCCAGUAUUGUUGAAUUGAUCGAAAAAGAUGAGUCAAUGAUAUUUGAGGAUGGUGAAAAAGAGGCGAAAUCUACGACAAAUUUCGUAUAUUGUUUUGUUCUCAUUGAAAGUUUAUUGUUAUUGGUUGAGAAAUGCUUUGAUUGUCAUUCUUCAGCGAAAUCAACAGUGAAGAAUGUUGGAAGUGUCAUAAUUGUGAGUUAUGAACAUUGAAAUUAGAUUUUAUAGUAUUUUUAUAGAUUGAUUGUGCAUGCGAAUGCGGUAAGAUAUGGAGAUUUGAAUCUAGUAAAAAGAUUAUGAGAACCGAUGGAUCCAAAUCUAGAAGAUAUUCACUGAAUGUAGCUGUAACCGCUGCCACAGUCACAAUAGGGCAAACUUAUUCAGUGAGUUUUUACAUUAUUCUAAACAAGUUUACAAUGGAAAAAUAAGAAAUGCCGAUUUUCCUUAAUUGAUUCAAUAAAAUGUGGAUCGAAAUAUUGAUUCCAGAAUUUGCUCGGAUUUCUCAACGUAUUACAAGCUCCGUGUUUAUCCCAAGCGACAUUUUUCGAGACACGUAAGAAUGGAAUUGUUCCAGCUAUUCAAAAAAUUUAUGAUGAUCAAUCCGAAAAAAUUGGAAAAAUUUUGAAAUCAUUUGUGAGUUGAAUCCAUUAUUCAAAUUUCAAUCAAUUUCUGUUCAGGGUAAAAAAAUCGAUGUAUCAGGAGACGGAAUGUACGAUUCCAGAGGAUUCUGCGCCUUUUGGUGCCGUUAUGUUAUUAUGUGUGCCGCCACAAAAUUUAUUUUAACUUUCGUAAACAAGAGAAAAACCCCUGGAAGUUUGUAUAUUUUUCUUAAACCAAAUUUAAUCUCAUUUUUUCCAGAAAGUUCAAAAGCGUUAGAAUCGUGGGCACAUAAAGAAGCAUUGCAACAAACCAUUCAGAAAUAUUCCAAAUUAUUUGGCAUACAAAACCCUGUGAAGUCAAUGACCACAGACAGAUGUCCAUCGAUCACCAAAACUAUGGCAAAAUCGUUUCCGAAAUUGAACCAUCUGUAUGAUCUUUGGCAUUUAGUACGUAACAUAACUAUGGACGUGUGGCCGGUGAGUUGUUUGCUUAUUAUUAUUUUUUUUGUUUUCAUCGAGUUGAGCAUUCUCUUUUUUUACAGAAACGAAAUCAGAAACAAAUGAUGCCCAUAAAACCCUGGCUCCAACACAUGUUGAACAAUAUUUAUUAUGCUAUUCAAACAAGCAAUGGUGAUGGUGUUUUGGCAAAGGAGCAAGUAAUGAGCACAUUCGCGCACAUUGCGGGUAUUCAUGAUGAUUUUCAAGUUAGUUUGGUUUAAAAAAAAACUAGGAACAUCACAUUUUUUACAGAACAUUGGCUGGUACACGUUCACAGUGCUAAAAAAAUGUGCACACGAAGAAAAAGAUGUGAGAAAUGUUGGAUAUCUUGAUUUGGAUGAUGAACGAGAUUUCAAAGCCUGGAAAUUAGUCAAGGAUAUAUUUUUGAAGGGAUCUAGGCUUGAAGAUCUCGCAAAAAUUUCACCAAAUUUUUGCACUUCCGAAGUUGAAUCGUUCAAUAGUUUGUCAGCUCAUUAUGCACCCAAAGAUCGAUAUCUGUAGGUUUACUUCUAACUAGCAAGCUUACUGUAGCAAUAGAUUUAUUCCAGACACAAUCACGAAACUUCCUCAAAACUCGCUGUUUUGCAUUGGAAUCAUUUAAAGCUUGAAGAAUUUGAAGGAGUUCGGGUAGUUGAAAGUAUGAAAACCUACACCAACAAAACUAAACAAGAAAAACGAUUGAAAAAGGUGAAAACGAAAUCUAAGCACUCGUGGAGAAAUUUGAUUUUGGAAUGCAGCAUUGUGAAAUUGGGUAAUUUUAAUUAUUUGAAUUUAAUUUCCAUUGUGUUUUUAUAGGAAAUAUUAGAGAGGAUCUAAUUAAUUCCCAAGAUCCCGACUACGAAGACAAUUUGAACGAAGAUUUUGCAGAACGAGUGAGUUUUGGUACAAAAAACACAAAAAAAAAAAAACAUUUUCAGCUCGAAUUUUUGAUGGAUGAAUUAUCGGAUGAGACUGAUAUCGAAGAAAGUAGCAGUGAAUCCGAUUGA